CCGCCCGGCCUACCUCGCCAGGCUCAGAGCCCCUUCUGGCCCAACGUCUCUGUGCAGCCCUUCUGCCUGUCAGCUCGGCGGAGGGAGGGCCUGGGCAGUCGGGUUGGCCCGAGGGAGGUUACCCUUCCCAGCCUCACCCCGGCCACCCGAGCCGGGAGGAAACGGCGGCGAGGUCUGCGGGCGGCAUGGCGGGAGUUCCGGACGAGCCCAGGCCGGGCCCCGCGGCGGGGGAGCAGCUGCCGCAGCAACACGUCCCUUGUCAGGUCUUCCCCGAGCGGCUGGCCCAGGCGAAGCCCCAGCAGGGGUUCCUCUUCAGCUUCCUCACCCACAACCAGAAGUGCCAGCUCAUGCUGCUAAAGACGCUGGAGACAAAUCCAUAUGUCAAACUUCUACUUGAUGCUAUGAAACACUCGGGUUGUGCUGUUAACAAAGACAGACACUUUUCGUGUGAAGAUUGUAAUGGAAAUGUCAGUGGAGGUUUUGAUGCUUCAACAUCUCAGAUAGUUUUGUGCCAGAAUAAUAUCCGUAAUCAGGCCCAUAUGAACAGAGUGGUCACCCAUGAGCUCAUUCAUGCAUUUGACCAUUGUCGUGCUCACGUCGACUGGUUCACUAACGUCAGACAUUUGGCCUGUUCAGAGGUUCGAGCCGCCAACCUUAGUGGAGACUGCUCACUUGUAAAUGAAAUAUUCAGGUUACGUUUUGGAUUAAAACAACACCAUCAGACUUGUGUGCGAGACAGAGCUAUUCUUUCUAUCUUGGCUGUUAGGAAUAUCAGCAAAGAAGUAGCUCAGAAGGCUGUUGAUGAAGUUUUUGAAUCUUGUUUCAAUGACCAUGAACCUUUUGGAAGGAUCCCACAUAAUAAGACUUAUGCAAAAUAUGCUCAUAGAGACUUUCAAAACCGUGAUCGGUAUUAUUCAAAUAUAUGAAGACAAUGACAUUUUAUAUUACAGAGCUUCAAUGAUCAUGAAGAAAAAAAUAUGGUUCUCAAGUGAACAAACAUAAACCAUAAAUGAUCAAUUACAGAUAAAACACAGAAGUUUGUGAUUCUAGCAUAUGACCAGAAAAAGUAACUGUGGCAAAAAGUGAAACUGCCUUAAACUCCAAGGCAAAAAUUGUAUCUUUAUAGCUAACCAUUUGGUAAAUAAGAUAAAUAAAUUACAUUUUUAUAUUUUU